AUGACAUCGACCGUGUGUGCGACGACUGCUAUGACGGCCGAUCUCCUGCUCAACGGACAAUUGAAACUUGCCAAGUCCUCAACAACGCUUCUACCCCGGUCCUGCCAGAAGGAUUUCAAGAUCUUGGGAUCGCAAUCGAUCUCGGAUAAUCAAGAAUCCCGAUCGACCGCCGAUUCACGGUGGCCGACUAAACAUUCCCUCGAUUAG